UGGGAUAGGCGAUACAGACACAACCAUGUCUAGCCAAGAAGUUGAAAAGUUUGUGCCUAAUAAUAAUGUACAUAUGUACUGUGAUUGAAGGAUGCUAUAUGUGUUUCGUAUGAGCCAGUGUUUACUACUACACUAAGAUACACCACAUUGGCCAUAGGUUCUUGGAGUUUCUCAUACGAAGAAAUAUUUCGAACGAUCCAGCUAUAUUUAGUUGGUAGUAAAUUGCGAGCUUGGACAACCAUAAGAGGAUAUCAUUCGUAGCCUUGGACAUCUAAUUUAAGUAAGGAAUCAAAUGAAGAUAUGACACAACAGAUGUUCCUGGCCAAAGCAUUGUAUGACAACAUUGCUGAAAGUCCUGAUGAGUUAGCCUUUAGGCGUGGAGAUGUUCUCACCGUUACAGAAUUAAACACAGGGGGAUUGGAUGGAUGGUGCCUGUGUUCACUUAGGGGCAAACAGGGAAUAGCCCCGCGCAACAGGCUGAAGAUUCUGUCUGGCAUGUCUGACUAUUCCACUGGAGAUGAAAGUCUGACUUCCAGCAGUAACAACUUAACGAGUAGCCACAGCUGGGAAUCUUCACUCCAGAAGCCUGUCAGCAGUAUGGAAAAAACAUCAACAUCCUUGGAUUUGUAUGAUGAACCUAACAGAAGUCUACAAGAUUAUGAUGUACCACCUUCAAGACACUUCCCAAAGGAACAGCUUAAGAUGUCUGAAAUGCAGCUACCAAAUACAAACCCAUCAUCAUUAAAGCGGCUAUCAAAUGAUAGUAAUCAAAAUAUGCAGCACAACAAUCUUGAAUCAUCAUUCUAUGAUACUCCACAGUCAAUGCAUCAAGUAGCUGGCAAUGAAGACAACAUGUAUGAUGUUCCACAAUUCCUUAUUAAGACCAGUACUGACAAUCAUUCUAACCGCUCAAGCAUCCUUUCAAAUGCAUCCAAUGAUUCCUCACUUACAGCAGCUAGCAGUACAUCAAAUGUAAGCUCACACAGAUCUUCCACUGCUCCUAGCAUAUGUGACUCAGCCCGCUCAAGUUUGGAUGUUUCUUCUCAGGAGCUGUAUGACACUCCACCAAGAUCCACACAUAAUGCAAAGCAGUUGUCUACUGAUUCAGGCCUGGAUGUUUAUGAUACACCACCAAAAGCCAAACUAGCUUCACCAGCUUCUGUUAUUGAAGAUUAUGAUUUCCCCAAAGGAAAGAAAAUAGACUUUGGGGUACCCAAGGUAACUUCAUUACAUCAACACCAUACUGAGAAAAACAAAAGCAAGGAGCAUGCCAUUGAUGAUGUUUAUGAUAUUCCUAAAAACAAUGCCCCUCGAGUUCAAAUGAAAACUUGUGGUGGGAAGGUCUCGUUUAUUUCAUCCAUGGAUUCACCAGUGAUGCCAAAUGAACCUGUUUGUGUUUAUGAUAUUCCUCCGCAAGUUACUAGGGAUUCAGUUAUUUCAGCUCGUUCUGAUUCAUCAGAAGAGGGUCAGAGAUUGUCCACUUGUAGCAUUGAUUCAAGGGGAUCUUUUACAGAGAUUCCCACUUAUGAUGAAUUGCCACUUGAAAUGGAUGCAGCACUAGAAUUCUUGACAAGGUUACAGCAGGAUAUACAGAAAACUGCAAGCAAGUUUUUAGGAUUUGUAAGCAGCACAUGGCGAAAGAAGGAAAGUUUACAGACUAAACUGUAUGAAAUCAAAAUUGCUGUAACUGGGGUCAAGAGCUCUCUUGCUGAAUAUAUUAAGUUUUCACAAGGUACAUUAGCUAAUGCCAGUAAGCUACCAGACAGGAAAUUGGUGAACAAACUGUACAAGCAACUGAAUCCUUUGCAAAAUAGUUAUCAGCUCAUUUCAAGUGCACUUAAAAAUCUGGAUGAAGUAAAGUGGCAGACUGACAUUUUAGCUGAGCCUUUGGAUUCAUCUAAGUCUGAUGAUUUAGGACAGAUUGCAACUUUAUGCAAAGAUUUAAGUAGCAAUGCAAGAAAACUUGCCUCUCUAAUACAAGGCAACUCAACAUUAUUGUUCCCAAGAACUCAAGAUCUUAAUAGGACCGCAGAGGUAAUCAUCUCAUCUGAGGACUCAGCUGCUGCCAAACCUCCAAUUGGACCAAAAUCAGAAGCAGGAAGUAAACAGAGGGCUAAGAUGGUUCAACAACGCCCAUUGCCACCCCCACCCACAUUGGAAAGACCCCUUCCACCAACUCCGAUUGAAGAUCAAAUGAACUCUUUGCGUCUGAGAUUUCAGGAAAAGGGAGAUAACUUUGUAAAUGAAGAUGCUGAGAAAGAGGACAUUUAUGCCAAUGAUUCAAAUGAAUGGGUUAGAGAAUAUGACUAUGUUCACUUAGAAUCAAGAGAUAUUGCUGCUCAAUUGAAAGCAAAGGAGGAAAGGGUUCAGAAUUUUGAAAAGGAUGGAUCACCUUCUGAAUCAGAACAUGAACAUAGUAAAGACAGCAGUGAGGAUCCAUACGAGUUGAAACUUGAAGCCGAUUUGGAGGAACUUGACAACUCAAAGCAAGAUGUCAUUGAUAAUGCUUCAUUUGACAUUGACAAUUUACUUGAACAGGAUGUUAAAACCCCUGUGAAUGUGAACACAGACAGUGAUAUGUUUCUAUUAGAUAAAGAGGAAGCAGUCAAUAUGGAAACUGAGCAACUGGAUCCAAAUGACAAACAAGUGUUAGUUUUCUAUUCUGGACAGAUGGAAACGCAUUCCACCCUUCUAUCAAAUGCCUUAGAUGCCUUUUUUUGCUGUGUUGAAAGCAAUGAACCUCCCAAAGUAUUUAUUUCCCACAGCAAAUUUGUGAUAGUGUCUGCUCAUAAACUUGUUUACAUUGGUGACACACUCCAUAGAAACAUUAUGCAUACCAUUGUGAAAAACAAAAUUAUGAAAUGUGCUAAUCAACUGUGUGACUGUUUAAAACAAUCUGUUAGUGCUACAAAGCUAGCAGCCCUUCAGUAUCCUUCAGUGCCUGCAGUUCAGGAAAUGGUUGACCGUGUAGUUGAAGUGUCAAAGGCAGCUCAUAACCUGAAAGUUGUCAUUUCACAAGCUUCUUCCUUGUAGCUGUGUUGAGUACUGAACCAUUUAGCUUCAAUUAUUGUCUUCCAUUGCAGAAAGAUUUUUUUUGUACAACAACACUGGUCAGAAACCAAGGACAUGUAGGGAAUCCAUCCAAAAUGUAUUUAUGUAUUGUAUGCUUUCUAGCAGUGACAAUUAUGUCUAUGUCUUCUUUUUUCAUAUUUAGGCUUCAUUGAUGCCUAAUUAUCUUAGGUAAGAUAUGUUCAAUGGCUGACAGUCUAAAAUGCCUUUCAAAGUUCAGAAAUAGCAAGUAUUGUUUCAAACUUUGCCAACCUUUUUUGUGGUGAAUCACAAGUCUCCCUACUUUGGGCAGCGGAAAAAAUAAGAGAAAAGGAAUAAGAUUCUUUUUUAAUCCUAAUACUUCACGUUUGAAGAGUUCUCAUUCAAUGUUAGGGCCAGAUUUAUUUCCCAUUUUGGGCAAAAAGUAUUAACAUGGUAAUGGUUUGACAAAAUGAAGUUAAGUCUGUCUGAAGGAAAACUGGGUGUGUUUCUAGUAUUUCUUUGUCUGUAAAUAUGACAACUAUUAAUCUAACUGUUGCUUUGGCAACUGAUGUAUUUAUUUAUUUCAUCCUCAAGCUGCAUGCUCACAACUGAGUUUUAUGUGUGAUCCGUGUGAACAAGGGUUUGACUGAGGAAUCAAGUUGAUAAUACAAUUAUGACACUUGUACACAGGACAGCAAAAAUAUUUUAGGAGUGUGUCAUCUUGAAAGCUGAAUUAACACAAGAUAAAAAAAAAUAUAAACAUUCACAUUUUUGUUACGAAGCUGUUGAGGAGCUUAAUGAAAUUGCUUUGUUCUCAGGAGGGUUUUCACACCUUGGUACAGUUUGUCAAGCCAGUUCUUGAUAAGAUUGAAACCUGCAUAUAUUUUUAAUGUGAAACAAAUCACAAUGUUGCAUCAUGAGGAAAGUUAAUGUAGGCAAGAACUGAGUAGCUUCCAUACUGACUUUUAGUUAGCAUGUUACUAAUGGGUUGAAGCUGAAAUGUUGUAGUAAGAAGUUUCUCUUCAAUAGAAUCCUGCUCAAUUUUACAUCCCAGGAAGGAAUGUUUGUGUGAGCUUUUGUUAACAGGCUGUUGCCCUUCAUUAAUGUAACAGUAGUAGUAUGGCUGUAGAAUUUAUUCUUGGCUGUACCAGAAAGGUCAUCCAAUUCUGUUCCCUCAAAUUUCUGAGGUGUCAUCUUCUCCAAGUCAAGCAGUAGUUUUGUUUCAGAUUGUUAGAUGUUCAAAUAGUCUCUCUAUCAGACGUCUAUCAGAUCGUAAUGGUCCAAAAAUGGAAAGUUGAGCCAUUAUAAGUCAGAGAAAAGUGUAUCGAAACUGUCAGGUUAUGUUUAUUUUGCACUAAUGUCAAUCAAAGAUUCCAAGAUUAGGAUGUUUUAUGUGAUUUGCAUAUGUUGGCUGUAGAGUCCUAAUGUUGAUAUAGAUGUAUAAGGUUAUCUGAAUCAUUUUGAUUACAAGUUUGCCUAUAACCUGUCUGUAGAACAGUAUCUGCAUGAAGGGUAGUGAAACCAUGUCAGCUGCAAAUGAAAAUGUGAAAUUUCAGAUAAAACAUUGGGGUGGUCGGGUAGCCUAGUGGUUAAAGCGUUCGCUCGUCACGCCGAAGACCCGGGUUCGAUUCCCGACAUGGGUACAAUGUGUGAACCCCAAUUCUGGUGUCCCCCCACCGCGAUAUUGCUGGAAUAUUGCUAAAAGCGGCGUAAAACCAUACUCACUCACUCACUCAGAUAAAACAUCACUAGACAUGAGGAUUUACCAUUUCAAUUGUAUUUCCUUUCUUUUAGGCACUGCUUUAUAUGCAGAGAUUAAGAUUACCAUGUGUAAACUAAUCCAGAAAUAGCUAUUGGCUGUACACACACUUUCUCCCAGAUCUACCGGUAGCACUUUGGUCUAUUGACGGAUACAUUUUAUGUAUAGAACAGUAGGACGAGUCACCCUUUGAGGCUUUCCACGGUCUUGCUAUUUCGAUCACGAAAACAAUAUGUUGAUGUAAUAGUCAAACUAUAACAAAUAUGAUAAACUGUGUAGUUCAGUACAAAUUUGUUCGCGUGGUAUUUCCAGUGUUACAUGCUCAGGGUAGGCUAAUGUCUUUGCGUUAGGGAUAAAAACGUAUUAUGCGCCUCUCUGUAUUAUCAUUAUUUUUUACCAAAGUACGCAUUAUACACAAGAAUUGAUGGUCUUCUUCGAUUAAGAUUGUUGCGGUUGUUUCUUUUAUAUGAACUGAUGCCAUUACCAUGAUCAUAUGACACAAAAUUGUACAAGAAAAUCUAAGCAAUAGUGCUUGUGAAGGAAAGACAGGAACCUGUCAUUGAAGAAUCACACUCAUAGGUGCACACACUUUGUGCAAAGACUUUAUGGGAAUAAUUUAUUUGACACUCAUUAUGUGUAAAAUGUCUGGAUGUCUACAAAGAGACAAAGAAAUAUGUUCAUAUUUUGUGAUAUUCUGAAUGGACAUGGUUAUUUUGUAAAUACCAAUGAUGACAAAGUUUUACUUUGGUCUAUUAAUGUUAUGCAGAGAGUUAAUGUGAAUAGUCAGUCUACAAAUUCUGGUGCUACUUACUUUUUCAGGGAAGAUCCCAGAGAGUACAAAUACAUGUAUAAUCAAGAUCAUCAGGUUGCAUGUUACUGAUAUCGCAUCAACAUAAUGUUACUACCAAAAGCUGCUUCUGCUUUGCAUACAAUAAUAUAUGAAUGAAUAAAUGAAUAAAAUCAUGAA